CCACCUGAGUGUAUAGGGAGACCGUGCCCCUCAUGGAGGAAGAGCAAGACCUACCAGAGCAACCGGUGAAAAAAGCCAAGAUGCAGGAACCAGGAGAACAAACUUUAAGUCAAGUAAACAACCCAGAUGUCAGCGAGCAGAAGCCUGAGACAUCCAGCCUUGCAUCAAAUCUUAGCAUGUCAGAGGAAAUUAUGACAUGCACCGAUUACAUCCCUCGCUCAUCCAGUGAUUAUACCUCACAAAUGUAUUCUGCAAAACCUUACGCACAUAUCCUCUCAGUUCCUGUUUCGGAAACUGCUUACCCUGGGCAGACUCAGUACCAGACGCUGCAGCAGUCUCAGCCCUACGCUGUCUACCCUCAGGCAACUCAAACCUACGGACUACCUCCUUUCGGUGCACUGUGGCCAGGUAUGAAACCUGAAAGUGGUUUAAUUCAGACUCCAUCUCCAAGUCAACACAGUGUUCUCACCUGCACUACAGGGCUAACCACAAGCCAGCCAAGCCCAGCACAUUAUUCUUACCCCAUCCAAGCGUCAAGCACAAAUGCCAGCCUGAUAUCCACUUCUUCUGCAAUUGCCAAUAUCCCAGCAGCAGCUGUGGCCAGCAUCUCAAACCAGGACUAUCCCACCUAUACUAUUCUUGGACAGAAUCAGUACCAGGCCUGCUACCCCAGUUCCAGCUUUGGAGUUGCAGGCCAGACUAACAGUGAUGCUGAGAAUACCACGUUAGCAGCUCCCACGUACCAGACGGAGAAGCCUAGUGCUAUGGUACCUGCGCCAGCCACACAGAGGCUUCCCUCUGAUUCAUCUACAAGCCCAUCUUUGUCCCAGACUACACCAAAUAAAGAUGCUGAUGAUCAGUCCAGGAAAAACAUGACUGUCAAAAACCGAGGCAAGAGGAAAGCUGAUGCCGGGUCUUCCCAGGACAGUGAGCUAGAACGGGUAUUCCUCUGGGACUUGGAUGAGACCAUCAUCAUAUUUCAUUCCCUUCUCACUGGAUCCUACGCUCAGAAGUACGGAAAGGACCCGACAGUAGUCAUUGGCUCAGGUUUAACAAUGGAAGAAAUGAUUUUUGAAGUGGCCGAUACACAUCUAUUUUUCAAUGACUUAGAGGAGUGUGACCAGGUGCAUGUGGAAGACGUGGCUUCUGAUGACAAUGGCCAGGAUCUGAGCAACUAUAGUUUCUCAACAGAUGGUUUCAGUGGUUCAGGAGGCAGCGGUAGCCAUGGCUCAUCUGUCGGGGUUCAGGGAGGCGUGGACUGGAUGAGGAAACUGGCCUUCCGCUACCGAAAAGUGAGGGAGAUCUACGAUAAGCAUAAAAGCAACGUGGGCGGCCUCCUGAGCCCCCAGAGGAAGGAAGCCCUGCAGAGGCUAAGAGCAGAGAUUGAAGUUCUGACGGAUUCCUGGUUAGGAACUGCGCUAAAGUCCUUGCUUCUCAUCCAGUCUAGGAAGAACUGUGUGAAUGUUCUGAUCACUACCACCCAGCUGGUCCCAGCCCUGGCCAAGGUUCUCCUGUAUGGACUCGGAGAGAUAUUUCCUAUUGAAAACAUCUACAGCGCUACCAAAAUUGGUAAGGAGAGCUGCUUUGAGAGAAUUGUGUCGAGGUUUGGGAAAAAAGUCACAUAUGUAGUGAUUGGAGAUGGACGAGAUGAAGAAAUUGCAGCCAAGCAGCACAACAUGCCCUUCUGGAGGAUCACCAACCAUGGCGACCUGGUGUCCCUGCACCAGGCUUUAGAGCUGGACUUCCUGUAAGACCUGGAGUGCGGAGCCUUCCUUCCUCGUGAGCCUCUCUUUCCCUCCCACAGGAGCCAGAGGCCAGAGCCCUCUGAGACCCUUCUCUCCUGACUCUGUCUCUGUCUCUGUCUCAGCACCCCUCCCCUUGUCUUGUGCUCUCUCUCUCUCCAUGGAAUGCUGGCGAGAACACAAUCAGAACCAAAACUGCAGCUCCUGCUAAGAGUGAGCUGCAGCCCCGUCCCCUGCAGGGCAGGAGGCCACUGCAUGGAGCAGCAGGCGCACUGUGGCUACCGGGCUUUAGUUUUUUUU